ACAGAAUGUUGUGUUUGUUUUUUCUUUUUCAAUGUUUGACUUCCUGGUAUCUUCCUUCUCAGAAGCUGCAAUUUGGGUUUGAUCUCAGCCCAAGACCACCAUUUAAAUGAAGGGCCUUAAAUUAUUGAAACUGCAGGAGGAAAGCAUUUUGUAUUCUCUUUAGGCAUGUAUUCAAUUGAACUUGUAUCUGAUUUUAAAUAGAAUCAUCUUAACACAAAUGAGGCAACCCUCUCAAGUGUGCAAGUCACUGCUGGCAGAAAUAACCGUGGUGCUUUUGGGGAGACAUGAAGCUUUUUUCAGGUUCUAGAAUUAACCAGUCUCCCAUCACAUCAGAUAUCUUCAUUUGUGUUCCAUUUAGUUUCUCUAAAACUUUAUUUCUUUUACUUCAGAAAGCAGGGGGGAGGGGGAUGGAGAGGGAAAGGGCCUUAACUGUUCCUCCAUGUCAGGUGUUGUUUGGUGCUUUGAAUCAAUUCACUUAAGGCAACUGUCUCAGAGCAAACUUAGAAGCAAUGGAGCUGCCAAGGUCUCUGAAGCCCUGGUAAGCUGAUUUUGCUGGUGCUUGGAGAGGAAUCCUCAUCUGUGGGAUGCAGUUGCUUGAGUCUUAUGGACCUUCCUGAAAGCAAGAAGAGGAAUUUGUGCUCCUCAAGCACUUUAUUCCAGUGCUUCUUGUCCCCCUACCCCGUGGCAAAGCAGCCUGCUCCUGCUGUUUUAUCCUUGAAGCUGUAAAACACUCUGCGUGCCGUGCUGAAGCCUGCAGACAGUUUAGAAGGCUGCAACCUGUUUGUAAGUUUGUGUUAGCUACAGGCUGAGCUGCUGAGACUUACUGCAGGUCUGGAAGUUCAAGUAUGCAGGUAGAAGAGAGGAACCAGGAGGAUCUGCUCUGCCUGUGCUCCUUGUCCAGGCAGGGAAGCUGUUCCAAACGGUUGUAUCCUGCACAGCUCUGCUGGCAUCUGAUCAUCUCGCAGGAGUCUGGGUGGAUGCUGCUACAAGGUCAGCAUAAAUAGGGCUGAUGCUGCUGCAUUGUCAGCCCUGUUGUGGGAAGGAGGUGGGGAGAAAGGGGUUGUGUGGGGAGAUGAUGAGGCUCUCUUCCCUCAAGCUUUCCUCACAAAGCCGGGUUCUCCCUGACCAGGACCAAGGUAAACGCAACCAACAUCAGCUGCAGGUGAGUGUUUAUUUUCUGAACCAGUGUCAGGAGUGGCAACAGGGUUCUCAGCAUCCAAAAUCUCUGCUUGCUUUAGGAUUUGCCUAAUGCCCUGUUGUGAAACCAAGAUUGUGCUAGGAGGAAUCAGAAGCUGGAACAGGCUGCCCAGGAAAGUGGUGGAGUCACCAUCCCUGGAGGUGUUCAAAAGGUGUUUAACGAGGUUCUUAGGGACAUGGUUUAGUGCUAGAUUUAGACUAGGUUACAGCUGGAGUUGAUGAUCCUGAGGGUCUCUUCCAACUGAAAUGAUUCUAUGAUUCUAAGCAAACCAGAAACGCCGCUUCCAACCAGAGCUGGAGCAUGGGCUCGGCGCUGCCUUCCCCAUCGUCUCCUGCUCCCGUGCCGGGGCAGCAGCACGCUCCCCGCUCUCCUGCCUCUGUUGGGGUUUGUAUCCUGGUAACAUCACUUCAUGUGCAGGUGCAGAAAACUCCCUGCGGUCCUCUGAGCUGCUGCAAGGGCUGUCGCUCUGGGAAGGAUGAACAAAAUUCGCCCCCAGAGAAAUGGUGAUGUAGCUACUUUUGAUUCAACAAAGUCCUUCUCUGAAGAAAGAGGCUGCUGCUGGCCAUGCAGCGCCCGUGGGGGCUGCACACGGAGACAUGUCUGCAUCUCUGCUGUGGCACUGCUCGUCCUCCUGGCUGCCGUGGGCUUGGCAGUGGCACUGGGACUCCUGCCACGUGCACCAGUGAACCACUUCUGUGCAGCCUCCAACAACAGGACAGGCUUCUUGUGUGAUGACAGAGUGACCUGCGUCCCAGCCAGUCAGGUCUGCAAUGGGGUCAGCAACUGCAGGAAUGGAGAGGAUGAGCAGGAGGAGCUCUGUGGUGACGUGCCCCGCAGCCUCCCGGGAUACCUGGUUUUCCGCUGCAGUAACCCCACAUACUGGCUCUAUGCUGAUCGGAGGUGUGAUGGGAUGAACGACUGCGGAGACUGCUCGGACGAGAUGGGGAGCAUGGCUGCCUGCCCCCCAUGUGGGCCGGAGUGGUGGAGCUGCAGCCCCGUGCUCUACCAGUACUGUUCCUGCGUCCCCAGGAGGCUGUGCAGGGAUGGCGUCCAGCAUUGCCUCAGCUGGUCCGAUGAGUAUGUCUGCAGACCAUGAAGUCUUGGCACUCAGCAGCAUUGGAGACCACAGGAUACUUCCUGCUUUGUCACCUUUAAGCCCUGAUGUCUUCCUGCUCUGCCACCCGCUUGGGGAGCUCCAACCCAAGCAAAUCCUCAGCAGCAGCACACUGACCAGCACACAGUGACACCGAACAGGGAUGAAGUGCAUAUGGCAGCCCAUGCUGAAGGCUGGACACUGGCUGUGGGACACCUUUAAGGGUUCUCCUGUCAUGCAAGGGUGAGUCCUUUCUACGUAGGCAGAGCACUCUCUUGCAGCAUUGACUCGAUGGGUUGUGUGCACGCUGCUGGAGACUGUUUCCAGCUGGUGCCAAUACAGACACCAUGUCUUCCAAACCCUUGGCAAGGGAUUUCUGCUGUAUGGACAUGCUGGUGCCUUUUCAGGCAGCCAGAUGAAGGUACAUUGAGGACUACCCUAAAGACCAGGAGCUGAGUGAGGUGAGCCUUUGUAGCCCUUGGGUUAGCAUUUCUCUCUGACGUGUCCUCACACUCCUGAUCCUCACAGGCAGGAGAAGCCUGUGUUUGUGUUCAAAGCACAUCUGUGGACGUUUCAGCAGCAGUUUUGAAAGUUCUGUGCUGAUGCUCCCAGGACACUUCCUUGGGAACGCUGUGCUGCAGGUGACACAAUGGGGAGCUGCUGCAUGGGCCACUUCCUACACUCUUCUCAAAUCAUGAAGGCCAACACAGAGAGUGUAAUGGCAAGGAAGUCUGAAGUGAGUGUUUGUGGGGACAAAUUACUGUGUCCCUGUGACCACAUAGAUGUCCCUGUGUGCCAGGGCAGGGAACUGGCGUGUGUAUAAAAUGUGCUUCUCUCAGGGCUGUGCAGUUCUGGAGCAGCACCUUAGCAGGUUGAGAACAGCCGUGAGGCUGGGAUGUAUUUGCACUGAAGUUGGCAAAGAAAGGAGAAAAAUAAGUUGCAGCCUCAGAGCAGGGAGCAACAGAAAAGCAAGUGCCACUCCCAGGGCGACAUGGGAUGACAGAGGGUCUGUUCACUGCUCGUUUCACUCCUCUGACAGCAAAGCAGGAUCAGGCAGCCAAACCUUCAAAGCAGUCCUCAGGAUACAGAUACAGACAUGCCACUGAAGUUUAAGAAAGAUGCAGUUUUUCUAUGCUCCUUUGAAAAAUCUCAUAUGUGUCUAACACAUCUGAGAAAAAGCCGCAUUUACAGGGUGUGCAUUUACUUUUCUAAGACCAAAAUAAACAUCAGGCGACCCUCUUCCCAACACCAUCCCAGGUCAUAGAUCAUUAAAAAUAAAACCCUGUUCACUCAUUUCCUCUCUGUCCUGUGAUCUGCAACUCUGCCUGUCACCAUGACUUGUAUCAACAGUGAAUGUUUCUCCUAAUUUGUAGCUGGGAUACAGCUGUAGAUCCGUGAGAUCUUUUUAAAAUAGCUUUACAGUAUUCUGACUCAUACUUCACCUGGAAUGAGGUGGCAAAACUCUGCAUAAUGGAACCAGUACUACAGGAAACCACAUUUAAUAACCUGUCCCUCUCCAUGCCUGGCUAGGAUGGAUGGCUCGUAUCUCUGUGUCUGUAAAACAUUACAGCAGUGCAUUCAGUGCUGCAGCUCAGAAGAGAGGUUAGGAGUUUUCUAGGUAAACAUUUCUCACUUGCAAGCUUCUAGCCUCAAUCAAAACCUGAAAUCGAGAUGCACAUUUUUACUGGAGAGUCACAGACAUCUAAUGCUUCAACAAGGCUGAGCUGGAGUUGGUAAAUGAAAACCUUAUUGUGGUUGCUGUUGUUCCUCAAAGUAUGUUCUGGGGCAACCAGCAAGGAAGUCUUGCAGCAUUUCUUAAGAUGAGCUCAAGGAAGGAUGGUUAAGAGGCAGCGCUACCGGGUCAGCCUCUCCUUCCUGGGGAAGAAGAGCUCCUUUCCAAUGCAGAUUGGGUUUAGUCAGGGAUUGCUUGCCUGUUCCUUGGCUUUGAAAAGGAUGUGCAACAAGCUCUCUGCGUUGGGAGGGGGCAGGUGGGCUAUGGCUGCUGCAUGAUUCUGUGGGGCAGCAGUCAAAGGAAGGCGGAUGAGGAAACAGAGGCAGGCUCAGGGUGCAUGGAAGGUGUUCCUGGCUGCAAAGGGGAAAGCAAAUGCAGUCUUCCUCUCCCUUUGUUCCAUCUCUCGGCUUUGUAGUUGAGCUGAACCACAAAGAAAUGGGGUUAGGAGUGUGAUCUCUGCACUGGAGGAGCUGGCCCAUCCAGUACCUGCAGGGCAGAGCCCCAGGGUUGCUCUCCAGCUGAUGUCCCUGUAUCAGUUCCCAGCCAGAGCUCCUGGGAGGCCAGAGCUCUGGUUAAUGGCCCUGGGUUAGGAGAGGGGAACUGGAGACUCCUCCUGCUCUGGAUUUACACCUGUGAAGAGACUAACCAAGAGAGACAUGCGAAGCAGCAGUCCACAGGCAGCAAGACCCAGAAGCCAGCCUGGAAACAACCAGGACGUGGCAGGCACGUCAGGUGCGGACCUUAAGGAUUGAAAGAAGUGUAUCUAAAGACCCUGUAGGUUUUGAGCAGUGCAUUGAAAAA